UUAGGUUAUAAAAAAUAUUGUUUUCGCUAAAAUCCAAAUAAGACUAGAAAUAUUGUAGCCAAGUAUUACUGAAAAAUAAAAUGGGCACCGACGAAGUUAAAUUAAAAGACUUUAAGUUAAAACCGAUGAAGUGUGAGCUGAAUUUUCUCAGUAAAUCGGACGGCUCUGCUAUUUUAUCCCAAGGUGGUACAGUAGCAUUGACUAGCGUCAAUGGACCUCUGGAGGUUAAGAUGUCUAGUCAGAGUAUAGAGAAGACUACAUUGGAAGUUCUAUUUAGUCCUAAAGGCGGGAAACCCUCGGUUAAAGACAGGUACAAAGAGAAUGUGAUCCGCCAAACAUGUGAGGAAGCUAUCCUGAGCAGCCUGUACCCUCGCACCGGCAUCACUGUCACAGUGCAAGAGCUUGAGGACUAUGGAGGGCUCCUCUCAACCUGCGUAAACUCCGUCUGCCUAGCUCUGAUAAACUCAGGCGUAGCGAUGCGCCAUGUUUUCGCUGCAGUACUGUGCUGUGUAGACGAGAAAGGGGACAUAUUGCUAGAACCUGAGGCUGAGCAGUUAGAUGCUGCGAGAGCUGUGCUGAGCUUCGUCUUUGAUGAACGAGACAAGAGUCUUGUUACAGGUUUCACCGAAGGAAACUUCAGCGAGGACACAUACAGAGAGGCGAUGGAGCGGUGCCGGUCAGCCAGCGACCUAGUGUUCGCGUUCUACAGGGAUAUUGUUAGUAAAUACUCGAAAGUUAUUGGAUGAUAGACGUUAGGAGUAGAUGUCGUUGUAAAUAAGCCAUUCUUCUGUUACAAGGUUAAUACAGACGGACUGCAAUUCGAAUACAACUUGCAGUUAGCGUGCAGUGCGUGAAAUUGCAUUUGGGUUGGAGUCCGUCUGUAUUGGCCCUAAACUAACUCUGCCCCGAAGAAUGAUAAAGCGCUAACAUAUUCAUGUUACACUUUAUCGUUGCAGAGUUAGCUUAGACAGUCUAAAUGUAAGAUAUGAUUAAGUACUUAGAUUUAUUGUUGCAAAUAAGACAUGGUUACCGUUUGGAACGAUAACGUGGGUUUUACUUAUACAGCAGGAUCUUUAAUCCGAACCCUGAAAAUUUAACCCCCGUUUGGAUUAGUGGAGCGUUCGGAUUAUAGUAUAAUUAGGUUACGUAUUCAAAUGUAAAAUACUGGUACUAAAAUCUCUUUUAAAAAUCCAAUAUUUUACUUUAUGGAGUCGUAUUUUAUGACAAAUAAAAAUCUUUGUCUCGUUUUUCUCGUAAAAGUAUUCGAGAAAAUUCAGGAUUCGAGGGUUUCGGAUUACGGAGGGGUUCGGAUUAAAGAGGUCCUGUUGUAAUGUGGUACUGCUGAGAGUUCUGAGAGACUGCCCCAAAAACGGGAAUCGAAAUUUCGCAUUGUAUGAUAACUUAAAGUGAUAUAGGCAGAUAAAGGAAUUUCGAUUCAAUUUUGCGGGGUGGGGCUCUGUAUCUACAACGCGCACUUGUUUGAUACCACUUAGUAUGAUUAAUUGACUAGGAAGUAUUUUUUAUUCAUUGUGCACAUUUUUUAUGGUAAACUCAUUAGUAAAAACUUUGAUUACUUCGACAAUCCAACAGCAGCAGCAGCUUCUGCUGUUAAAGUCGUAUAAUGAAUUUAUCUUUGAUAUUAUUAUUCAUUUACCUCGUCCGUGCUUAUACUAUAGGCACAGUAUAAUAAAGAGUACUAUCGUACAGUACCUAUGGCCACUCCCGCUCCCCGCUGAAAGUGACGCCCAUCCCCUCUCGGUUACCUCACAGUUACCGCCUGUCAAAAACGCUA